CGCAUCACCCUUUAUCUUGUACGUCAGGCAAGUGCGGGGCAAACCACCAGCGCGUAUGCUCACCUUCAUGACAGGCAAGUCGAGCAGACACCUUACGAACAUGUUUUGUCUUUCGGAUUACAUCGGACUGUCCGUAAUGAAGUCGCUCACGACCCAAUACACUGAAGAUCCUAAGUGUAAUCUGUCAAAUAUCUGAGCAAGUCCGGCUUUGCCUUUGCAAUACAACUUACCCUUUUGCAUCACUUUAUCUGUUCCACAACAUGCCUUCAGUUGCACAAGCAGGCCCUGAUUACGAUGUCCUCAUCAUCGGUGCAGGGCUAUCUGGGAUCUGCAGUCUCUAUCACAUUCGAAAGCGAUUUCCCACAUGGCGCGUGAAAGUCAUCGACAAUGCGCCAGAUGUUGGUGGAACAUGGUACUGGAACCAGUAUCCUGGAUGCCGAUUCGACUCGGAAUCUCUAUCGUACAGCUUCUCGUUCGAUAAAGAGCUUCUCGAUGAGUGGCACUGGAAGGAGGCGUUCUCUCCGCAGCCAGAAACGCACAAAUACAUUAAGCGUGUUGCCGAGAAACACGACAUGUACAAGGAAAUACAAUUCAACACUCAAAUCAAGACCGCGCACUGGAACGAUGUAGAUCACUUUUGGUCUUUUGUCGAUGUAGAAGGAAAGGAGUACACAGCACGGUUCUUUCUGAGCUGUCUGGGCUUUCUUUCUGCACCCACACUACCUGCCAUUCCUGGAGUUCAUGACUUCAAAGGCGAGGCUUUCCAUACAUCUCGAUGGCCGUCAGACCUCGAUAUUAGCCGCGACUUUGCCAACAAGCGCAUUGGUAUCAUCGGCACGGGCGCCACAGGCAUCCAAACAAUCACCGCGAUUGCAAAGCAACCCGGGUUCAAGUCUCUAAGCGUCUUUCAACGAACAGCGAACUGGUCAGCGCCACUGCGUAACUUCAAAGUCACCCCUGAGCAAAUGGACAUCUACAGAACCGAGUAUGACUCGGUGUUCAAGACCUGUGCGGAAACAUCUACAUGUUUUAUGCACCAAGCUGACCCACGCAAGUCGUCAGAAGUGACCGACGAGGAACGUCUGGCGCUCUGGGAGAAGAUGUACAACGCACCUGGUUUUGGAAAGUGGUUAGGAGUCUUCAGCGACACAUAUACCGACCGACAGGCGAACGAGUUGUACUCAAAGUACAUGGCAGAGAAGAUCCGACAGCGAGUACACGAUCCUGAGACAGCGGACAGUCUCAUUCCUAAGAACCACGGAUUCGGUACUCGGCGUGUGCCGCUUGAGAGUGGCUACUUUGAGGCAUACAAUGAGCCCAACAUUCACUUGGUCGACCUCCAGAAAACUCCGAUCACGAGCAUUGUUGCGGAUGGGAUCGAAACUGCGGACGGAAAGAAGCAUGAGCUGGACGUCCUCAUCCAUGCUACUGGCUUUGAUGCUAUCACUGGCGCAUUCAACGCCAUCGAGUGGCACGGCAAAGACAACCGCCCGCUCAUCGCAAGCAGCGACACUAAAGAGGGCAAGCGAGCGAUCUGGCCUGACCACAAGCCACACACCUUUCUGGGCAUCACAGUGCCUUCCAUGCCGAACAUGUUUAUGACACUCGGUCCACACCAGCCGUUUGGCAAUGCAACACGAAGCAUCGAACACGCAGUACAUGUCAUUGAGGAGUUGCUGCAGUACUGCAAAGAUAACAACUACACGUCUGUUGAGCCAGCACAGGAGGCGGUCGAUGCAUGGACGGAGCAUGUGUACGAGUGCAGCAAGGGUGGCCUGAUUAAUGAGGUGGACAGCUGGAUGACGGGUGUGAACAAGAAUGUGAAGGGCAAGACGGAGAGGAGCACUCAUCCUGCGAGGUACACUGGAAGUGCGAUUGAGUAUCGUAGGAGGUGCGAGGAAUGCAAGACAUCUGGGUACAAGGGACUUGUGUUUGCAUAG